GUGACGUACCUAUUUCCACAUUUGAACCGGUACGUUCAAGCACUUCGGAAGAAAAUUGUAUUUACUCGUGCAUUUCUAUAAGAAAUAAGUGAAAAAUGUCGCAUUAUCAGUUUAAAACAGCCGGCCCCCUCCCCCCACCAGCUCUUCCAUCAGACAAACUGCGUUUAUAUCAUGUUGAUAUGAACCCCUACGGACACAGAGUUCUGCUCAUCCUAGAGGCUAAGAAGGCAAAGUACGAGGUCUAUAAACUGGACCCCUUGAGGCUUCCGGAGUGGUUCAAGGCAAAUAACAGACGAUGUGAGUAUUUUAAAGACAAAAUACCAGUUCUCGAAGUACCCACAGACCAAGGGGACAAAUACAUAUUCGAAAGUGUGGUUAUCUGUGAUUAUCUUGACGAAAGGUACCCUAGGUACCCUCUGCACUCGAGCGACCCCUUCACCAAGGCACAGGAUCGACUGCUGAUUGAGAGAUUUAAUGAGUUGAUCAAAGGCAGCUUGGAAUGCUUCGAUACAAACUUUGUAUUUGGCAGUGAACAAAUUUUACAUACUUUGGAUGUGUUCGAAAAGGAAUUAGCGUCAAGAGGUACAAACUACUUCGGCGGGAGCAGACCAGGCAUGUUGGACUACAUGAUCUGGCCCUGGGUGGAGAGACUGUACCUCAUGAGAGUGAUCAGUGAGAAGAAGUUUGAUGACAAACGGCAUCUGUUCCCCAAUUUUGCGGACUGGGGUGACCAGAUGCAACUAGAUGACGUUGUCAAAAAGCACGCCCGUUCACCGCAAGAAUAUUUCGAUUACUACAAAAACGCUAGGACCCAUUCGAUGGGAUAUUAUUUAUAAAACCACGUAAAUAAGAAUUAUUGUAAGCCUGAGAAUGUAAAUGUUAGGCAAAGGUUUCUUUUUUUGUUAUGUUUUAUACGUAAUUUUUACGAUUAAAUUUCUCUAUAAAUAUCUAUACUUAAUAUUAUAAAGCUGAAGAGUUUGUUUGUUUGAACGCGCUAAUCUCAAGAACUACUGGUCCGAUUUGAAUGUUUAUAUAUUAUCAUCGGUGU